AGCCAUCGUGGGGCCAAAGAAAGUUGCAAGUGCAAGGUUGAUAAAGAAGCCAUCAUGGGGCCAAAGAAUGUUGCAAGUGCCAGGUUGAUAAAGAAGAGAAGCCGCGUCCAGCGUCCAGCGUCCAUGGGGGAGCCCACGCGGUUCUUGCCAUGACUCCACCCGCCCAGCUGAGCCUCCUCGCGGCGUGGAUCUUCCUCUGGCUGCUGCAGCGCAACACUGGUCUGAAAUGUGUGUGCCCGCUGUGCGACGGCGACGUCUGCGAGACGCCGGCCGACGGCGCCUGCUGGAACUCGGUCAUGUUGAUCGAUGGCCGGGAGAAGACGGCGCGGUCGUGCCUGUCGCCGUUGGAGAUGAAAGGUCAGGUGUUCUGCCACAGCUCCCCCAGCGUCUCCUUGAGGGAGUGCUGCUUCAGCGACUUCUGCAAUAACCAGACCCUGCACUUGCAGCCCGAGAGGCCUUUGGGAGAUCCGGACAGGAGCAACAGGCUGCAGCUGCCGCUGGUGAUAGCGGUGCCCUCCUGCCUGCUGUGCGUGGCCCUCGUACUCGGGGGGGUGUUUCUAGUGCAGAGUCAGCGCUGCCUGUACUUCGGGGCCCAGAAACACGACCCGGAAGAGGCCCUGGACGACCACAUGCUCAUGUCAGCUGACAAGUGUCUCAAAGAUCUCAUCUACGACAUGAGCACCUCCGGCUCUGGAUCAGGACUCCCCCUGCUGGUCCAAAGAACAAUCGCCCGCACCAUCGUCCUGCAAGAGAGCAUCGGGAAAGGGCGGUUCGGAGAGGUGUGGCGGGGAAAGUGGCGAGGAGAGGACGUCGCUGUGAAGAUCUUCUCCUCCCGGGACGAGAGGUCGUGGUUCCGUGAAGCGGAGAUUUAUCAGACCAUCAUGCUCAGACAUGACAACAUCCUGGGCUUUAUCGCGGCCGACAACAAAGAUAAUGGAUCUUGGACGCAGCUUUGGUUGGUGUCAGAAUACCAUGAACAUGGCUCGUUGUUCGAUUACCUGAACAGGUACACCGUGUCGGUGGAGAGCAUGAUGCUUCUUGCCUUGUCCAUAGCCAGUGGACUGGCUCAUCUCCACAUGGAAAUCAUUGGCACACAGGGGAAGCCAGCCAUCGCUCACAGGGACCUCAAGUCUAAAAAUGUCCUGGUGAAGAAGAACGGCGCCGCUGUCAUCGCAGAUUUGGGCUUGGCCGUGAAACACGACUCCAGCAGCAACAGCAUUGACAUACCGUCCAACCACAGAGUGGGAACCAAGAGGUACAUGGCCCCCGAAGUCCUGGACGAGACGAUCAACGCCAACAAUUUUGAGUCCUUCAAGCGAGCGGACAUCUACUCCUUGGGUCUGGUGUUUUGGGAAGUGGCCCGGAGAUGCUCCGACCGAGGACUUCAAGAGGAUUUCCAGCUGCCUUAUUAUGACCUGGUGCCUUCAGAUCCGUCCAUUGAGGACAUGAAGAAGGUCGUGUGUGAGCAGAAACUCAGACCAAACAUUCCAAACCAGUGGCAGUGCUGUGAGGCCCUGCGUGUGGCGGGCAAACUGAUGAGAGAGUGCUGGUACGCCAACCCCGCCGCACGACUCACCGCCCUACGGGUCAAGAAGACGCUGUCGCAACUGUCCAGCAUCAGAGACGUCAAAGAUUAGGCACGGCGGGGAUGACCGCCAGCAAAGGUACCCCCGCCCUCGGCCCCACACGGUCUUCAGAAUACAACCUCAGAGAGCCGAAUCAGGUUGUUGGUGCCAAAGAAGUGUGGGAGGUGCCUGUGGCAGCUUAGCACCAAUGUUGAACCAAACAUGUGUGAGUAGGAGCCAUGUCGUAAUAGAAAUCAUGUAAGAACACGUGACUUUUGCUACCUCAGAUAUUUAAAGUGCCCGAACGCUCGAUAAACCUUUUUGUGCCAUUUCUCGUAGAGAACAGAGUUGCUGCGUAAAUAAUGUGCUAUUUGCAAAGGUUUCUCUCUAAAAAAAAAAAAAAAUGUCACGCUUACAGGACAUCCAUAAUAAUGUGCUUAUUGUAGUUCAUACUCCAAAACAACAGGGGGCAGCAUUGAUCCUGCACCAAUAUUUGAAGGUAUCAAAGGGCAACUCUUUAAAGUUGAUUACUCACAGUGGAACCUCUGCAAUCAAACACUUCUAAUUGGUUUGGAUUUUUUUUGUUAUUAUUCUCAUCAGAAAUAUUGGAUACACAAAUAGUUAAUCAUAAAACAUUUUAUGAACCUGUCAUCAAAAAAUAAGUUAACAAAUAUUAAUCAAAUAAUUUAAUGACGGACGUGGUUGAAUGUAUUUUGAACAUGCGUGCAGUUACAAUAUGGUACAUCCCAUGUUUACACUUACUCAUUGUCCCUUAAGGAGUACUGAAUUUUCCGGACUAUAAGGCACACUUAAAAUCCUUUUUUUCCCCUCAAAACUCGACAGUGCGCCUUAUAACCCGGUGUGCCUACUGUAUGGAAUAAUUCUGGUUUUGUUUACCGACCUCGAAGCUAUUCUAUUUGGUACAUGGUGUAAUGAUAAGUGUGACCAGUAGAUGGCAGUCAAACAUAAGAGAUAGACUGCACUA